AGAGAAGAGAACAGAAGAGAAGGGAAGAGAAGAGAAGAGAAGCGAAGAGAGGAGUAAAACGAAACGACAGGCGUAGCGAGGAGUGUGUAAAGCCUGGAGGACAGGAGAGAAAGACUAUGGAGGGGGUGAACAUGGAGCGCAAAAGGGGCGCGCGGCAAAGGGAUGCAGGGACUGCCAGAGGGAGGGGAAAGAGGGGAAAGGGCAUAUCCCACUCGGGGUUUCAGUUUAGUUUGGCGUGAGUCGCCGUACUGUUCGGUAUUUCGUGUGUUGCUACGAUCGUUUUAUGGCCGAUGUCGUUCAUUUCCGUGGUUUAGUUCCAUAAAACGCCGCACAGUAUUCCGUGGCGCCAUUGUACGGACUCAUCGUAUUCCUGUCUAACCGUGUAUUCGUCGUCGUCGUCGUCGUCGUCGUCAUCGUUGUCACGAUAAUUGUCGUUGUUGUGAUUUUUGAGCUCGUAUUAAAUUUUCUUUUUAACGAGUCUGGCCAGGCCGUAACGUAAUUUCAGAGCUUAGUGCACAGUCGGCGGUAAGGUGAAAGUAAAUCCCGUCGGCUUUACUCGAAUGCCAGGGAAGCUGGUUGUACGUCACGAAAUCGCGUAUACAUCGAGCACGCGACGUCACUGUUGUCUGGACAGCCCUCAUCUCGAUUUCGCAAGAGGGAGGACUUCGAGUUUGAACCCGAACCCGAAUACUGUAGCGACCUCGCAUUUCCUCUACAAUAUCAUUGGAGCACGAACGAUACGGCAUCGCUUUGUACAUUAUCACCGACAAUUAAGAAUAAGAAAAAUGUCGGGAAUAGGUAAAAGGACUUACCUCCGAGAGGUAAAUCCCUAUCUUAUUUGUCCUUUAUGCAGAGGAUAUCUUAUAGAUGCAACCACUGUUGUCGAAUGUUUGCAUUCGUUUUGCAGAAGCUGUAUUCUCAAGCAUCUCAACACAGAAGCUCAUUGUCCUUCUUGUAAACAUGUUCUCAACAAAGCCAAACCGAAUAUCAAAGCUGAUAAGGCAUUGCAAGAUAUCGUAUACAAAUUGGUUCCAGGAUUAUAUCACAAAGAGAUGCGAAAGAGAAGAGAGUUUUACAAAAAACAUCCGGAGCAUGCGGAUUUAGCGACUCCAGAACAACGUGGAGAAGAUGUUAGUGGAAGAUUAAUUUUCGCUCCAGAAGAUGCUGUUAGUUUAAGCUUGGAAUAUUUACCGCCCGGAGCCGAUCCUAUGAGCAUUUUACUUAGCACCAACGAUGAUACCAACAAUUCUAACGCAUCUAAUAAUCAAAAUAAUAACAGUAACAAUGGUAGUAAUAAUGGUUAUAGCAAUAAUGCUAACAAUCAUAGCACAAAUACAACGAGUAGACGAUACCUUCAAUGUCCAGCACUGGUAACUAUUGCGCAUUUAAAAAAAUUCUUAGCUUCGAAAUACAAUGUCGAUAUGACAAGGUACACGAUCGAAAUUUGUCAUCGACGUGCUCCACUUCCGGAACAUUGGACCCUAAUGGAUGUCGCUUAUAUUUACGCAUGGAAAAGGAAUGCACCAAUGCGAUUUUUUUACCGAGUUGCAUUAGAAGAGCAAAGAUUAGAGGCACCUCCUCACGACAGGCCUUCUACACCAGGUUUGGGCGCCAGUUUUCCUCCAGUCGACACCACUAUUGCUGUACAGAACAACAUUAAUUCGGAAGAUCCUGAGAAUGAUAUAGAAUCCAAAUCGGAAACAAAAUCUAUAAAGGAUACCGAUGAAAAAACCACGUUGGACAAUCAAAAUGAAAUUUCGAAUGAAAAAUCGCGUUCUGCAAGUGAACAAAUAUCUACAAACGAAACUAUUGAUAACCAUAAAAUAACUAUUAAAGAAGAUCAACUUAUAAGUAGUGUAGUAACUUCGACAACCACGACAUCAACGAUAGUUUCCAUAGCAUCGACGAAUAUUACGUCAACAACGACAGCUACCAACACAGUUGUUUCAUCGGCAACGACAACUACUAAUACAAAUAAUGUCUCAUCCACAUCGAAUAGUGAAAAUAAACAAAUUAAAACACCUAUAAAAAUACUCAAGAACUCAGAUGGAAGAUAUGAAGUUUUGAGAAGUCCGCCAGGAAGUUGGAAUUCGAAAGAACAAAGCAUUACAAAUAUUGAAACAAAAUCUUCAAAUCCAGAAUUUAGUGUUGUAAGUAUAGGAAACGGACAGAAUUCAAAUGGAGUGAAGAUUACUUUAAAACAAUGUUCACCAAACAAUACAAGUCCAAACAAGCCGAAAGUUAUCAGUAAUGUAUUAUUACAUUGUGGCCAAGUAGACAAAGAUAGUUCUGAGGCGUUACUUAUUCAACAGUUACAAAGGAACAGAGAGAAACGUCAAAUAGAAAAGCAAGAAGAACAAAGAAGAAGAGUAACUUUUAUGGAACGAUUGACUCCUGAGAAAACUAUUAGUACUACCAACAAUACUAAUGGCAAUACUUUAAAAAGUAUACAGAAAAAACCAGGAGAACAGCAAGAAAAAAAACAAUUCCUUCAAAGUUUUCAGCUGACAGCUAGAGAGACAGGAUCCGAAAUAAAAUUAGAAUCUUCCUCUAACGAAUUAAAUAUGAAAGAUGAGAUUAAUGAUACACAAAACAAAGAUAACGUCACUCCGAAAAAAGAAGAUGAUAACGCAACAGAAACUUCAAAUAAUAUAAAUAAUUCAAAGAAUAAAAGUAAUAAUGAAAAUAUUAGUGUAAAUGCAAGUGGAAAUAUUUCGAAUGUAAGUAAACCAAUGAGUGGAAUUAGUAACAAUGCGCGAAUGAACACGAAUAAACAAUGCAAUGAUAUAGAUACUUGCACGUUUGCUUACUCAAAAAGUACAAAUCCAAGUAUGAACAUCAGCAUUAAUAAUAAUCCCGCAAAAGUGGAUGUAUAUACUUUUUCUAAUGAUCCACCUAUAGUUCCCGCGGGAGCAGUGAAAAGAAAAUGUCCACCAGGUUUACCAAUCUUUGAUAUCAGAAGAAAGAAACAACAGAUUCAAACUCAUAUCUCAAAAAAGCAAACUCAUGUACAUCCGUCUCCUGUUAUGCAAAAUAAUACGAAAUCACCUCGAAAAUUAACAACGGAACAUGUUAUUUCAGCAAAAAGACCGGGAAAUAUAAUUGCAGAAGCUGGACCUAGUCGAACACUCACGACAUCAAGUUCAAAACCUUCCUCAAGUCCAAUACUUUCGAAUGAUACAAGAAAUAUAUUAGAUGGUUGUGGAUUAAACAUUCCUGCAAGUCUUAGUAUAACUCUAACAGCACCAAAAUCACCUGGAAAUAGCGGUGGAUCUAUUGAACCAAAUGAUUCCAAAGAUAAUCGAAAGAAUACUCUGGGAAAAGUAAGUCCAAGCAUUACUUUAAAUGAUAGAUCUGUCGAUCCACGAGUACUAAAGGCAUUAAAAGCAGGACAAAUAAGGAUGCCUGCACCCUUAAAACCAAGGCAAACCAAGCAACCAGAACGUGAUCAGCAACGACAAGCACUUCCUACUAAACGGAAAAGGGAUCAAGAAUCAAGAGAUAUUCUAGAUCUGAGCGGAGGAAAGAAAAUGGAUAUACAUCCAUUAAGAAUACCACAGCCAGUGACAAAACUCAAGACAAAAUCAACAAUUAAAGACAUACCAAACAUUUCAGAUCAGGGACAAAUUGUAACACUUGGUGGUCAUAAAUAUUAUCGUGCACCUCCAGGUUCUUUGACUCCAGCACCACAUCGUGUGAAUGAUUGUCCAAUUCCAACGCCAUUGUCACGAGAACGAUCACCAGUAAUGUGGCGACCUGCCGAAUCGUCAGCCAUACGUAUGCCGCUGAUGCUUCGUGCCGAUCUUCUUCGAAUUCGAUCCGCCGAUGUCGGUGUACCAUCACGCUGACGUCAACCAAGUUCAUUAAAUACAUUCUGGUUUCAUAAAUCAAAUUUCAUUAAUCGGCUAUCGGGAGUGUAAAAUGCUCACUUUCGUCAUUGUGAUUACAAUUUUGCUGUUAUGUUGCAAAUUUAAAUAAUAAGACAAUAUGAGCUCUAUGUGAUUCUCUUAUGUGAAAAUCAAUUUGAAGAAAAAUGUUAAAUUUUAACGUAUCUUUUGUAAAACUAUAUACAUUUAUUCUGUUUUAAAACUAUAAAAGAUUUGAUCGAAAUUUACAGCGCGGAAUUAAGUAUCAGAAAAUCAGGUUAAGUUAUAAAAUCAAAAAGAUGAAAAUAUUACAUUUGUGUUUUCCUUCAUAUCUAAAAAUAUGCAACUGCAUAUAAAUAAUGAAAUGUAUUUCAAGUUUUAUUUAAUAAGUGAUCUUGAACGUAGAGAAAUUCCAUUAUUUGAAAAUGAACAUGAAGCAUCUCAUUUUGACUACAAGUCGAUAUAUUACCGACAUGUUGCAUUGAACAGGCAUAAAAAAUUAUUGUUUAUUGCUAUAAUUGAUAUGUGUUGAUCGAUAUGCAGUGCGAACUUUUUUCUUUUUAAAUGAUUGAUAUAUAAACUUAUAACUGAAAGUGUUUGAAGUGUUUAUGUGAGAUUUUAAAGGAACGUCUUUAUGUGCUUGAAAUUUGCUAGAUAGCGAAGUGCAUUAGUCUUUUUAAUGACAUAACUUAGAAAUAUAAAAUAAUAAAUAUUGCUUUUUAGCAAUAUCAAUAACUGGCACUUUUUUAAAUAACUUUAUCUUUGCAUUGAGAUCAGAUCACACCAUGUCUGACUAAAAUUCAGACUAUCGGAUUUUUUAUGUCCAAAUAUAAACAUAAAAUGCGCAGUGCUUUCUACUGCAAUUUGCACUGCCACGACAAUCAUAAAACAACCGGUAGUUUGUUCUCUUCCAAUUGACCUAUUUGAUGGUCGAGUCCCAUUGCAUUAAUUCAUACCAGCAAAUCGUAGAAUUUACAUUUUCUAAUUCGAGACAAGACGAGACAAAUGAAAAUUUUGUGGCAACAAUUGUUGAUAAUGUGGCAAUUUGUCGAACUAAUUUGACAAAAAUUAGUACAAAGCAUCAUUACAAAUUAUCGAUUCGACAAGUUACUAUGUUACCGACAAUCAUUAACGCAAUAAUAUGCUUUAAGAUCUUUUAGAAAAAUGCAAUAUAUAUGCAUCGCACAAUACAGGGAAUAAUACAGCGCGAAUGCUGGAAAUUUUAUUUUUUCAAACUUUUUAAGACCACUCGACUUCAAGAACUUUCAUGUAUGUAUAGUUGCUUUAUGGAUAUAACAAGAUUUUUAUCGAGAUAUAAAUCUUUUCUGUACGAAUGAAUACAUUAAUAUAAUACGAUUUUUAAUAAUUAAUAAACAAAAAUUUUGUAAAAUACGAUUAAUAUGAUUUGUAUAAUAAUUUUAUUUUUAAUCAUAAAAAUUGUUCCUACUUCGGUCCGUACUAAUUUUACGAAGCAGAACAUUUAUCAAAAUACCUCGCAUUAAAAUGCGCUUUUAAAUUUCAAUAAUUCAAUCUGCAUAACGAAUUAUGUAAACGCAAGGUUAUAUUAGUACAACGAAGAUCAGGUACUCGAUAUGAAAUCUGUUUUUCCAUUCACUUACAGUUGUAAAAUUUGUAUGUAAUAAGAAAAAUAGGGACCGAAAUUAAAAAAAGAACUCGAACAAAAAAUAUAAUUAUGUGUAUAACAUAUAAAUGAUAUCUAUCCUAUUGUUAUUUCUUUAUUUACUUUGCGUUAUGUUUCAUUAUAAGUUACUAUUUUGUAUACGUUGUAUAAAUAAUUGUUAUGUUAUGCGAUUGUAUUAUAUUAUAUAUAUUUCUUGAUA